AUGGAAGUCAUGGACAAGUCAUUCAAACAGAAGGCAAAGAAUGGCGGCAUGCUGUACACCGUCAGUGACGUGCCUCCCGCCUACCUCGGCGUCAUCCUCGGAUUCCAGCACUACCUCACCAUGCUCGGCGCCACGGCCCUCAUCCCCCUCCUCAUCGUGCCGGAGAUGGGCGGCACGCCGACGCAGAUGGCCGAGGUUAUCUGCACCAUCUUCUUCGUUUCCGGCUGCAACACACUCCUUCAGACCACCAUCGGGGACCGGCUGCCCAUCGUGCAGGGCGGCUCGUUUGCCUUCUUGAGCCCCACCUUUGCCGUCAUCGGCCAGGUCAGGGCGAUGGUCGCCUCCGGAGAGAUCGGCGCGGAGGAGCAGUUCGAGCAGACGAUGCGCCGCAUCCAAGGCGCCAUCCUGACGUGCGGCUUCAUCCAGGUUGCUCUUGGCUACUCGGGCGUGCUCGGCCUGCUCACGCGCUUCAUCUCGCCGCUCACGAUCGCCCCGACCGUGUGCAUGGUUGGGCUCGGGCUGUAUACUGCCCCAAACAUUAACGGGAACUUCCAACGUCCGUUGCCCGUGCCCGGCUGCGAAGGAUAUGCCGCGGCGGUCAUUAUCUGCAUGGUAGUCUUCUCGCAGCUCCUCGGCUUCGUCAACCUCAAGAUCGGGGGAGCGAGCAUCAAGAUCUUUGCGCUCUUCCCGGUGCUGUGGACCGUGAUGGUGGCGUGGGGUAUCGGUGCCAUCGCGCAGGCGGCCGGCGGCAUGGACGACGAUUACCUCGGCGGGCGCUACGCGAUCUGCAAGACGUCGAGCCAGGUCAUCGAGGACUCGAAGUGGUUCAGGUGGCCGUACCCGGGUCAGUGGGGCGCGCCCAUCUUCGACAAGUGCGCCAUCCUGCCCAUGAUCGCCGCCAUGCUCGUCUCGAUGGUCGAGUCGAUCGGAGACUACUACGCCGCCGCGCAGCUCGCGGGCGCCCCGCCGCCGUCGGGUCCCGUCAUCUCGCGCGGCCUCGCAGGAGAAGGGCGCGUGUGGGGCCUCAUUCUCUGCGGCCUCAUCGGCACCGGCAACGGCACCACCUCGUACGGCGAGAACAUCGGCGCGCUCGGCGUCACCAAGGUUGGCUCGCGCGCCGUUGUGCAAGCGGGCGCGUGCACGAUGAUCUUCAUGGGCUGCUUCCCCAAGUUUGGCGCCGUGUUCGCCGCGAUGCCUGGCUGGCUCGUGGGCGGUCUCUACAUGUGCCUGUUCGGCCUCAUCUGCUCCUGCGGCCUCGCGCAGCUCCAGCACGUCGACCUCAACUCGUCGCGCAACCUGUUCAUCCUCGGCUUCUGCAUCUACAACGGCCUUUCGCUGGGCGGGGACCCGAGCCCCCUUCGCAUGACGGCGUGGGACUCGACUCGCAAGGGCGGCCACACGGACCCUGAGUUCACUUCGGUGUACGGCCUCCCCAAGUGGGGGUCGUUCAACCUCGCCGCCAUCUUCCGCAACUGCUCCUACCUCGACGCCGUCGAGUCCGUCACCGAGAAGCCGCACAAGCUGACGUGGCCAGAGGUGCCUCCGGAGGGGCCGAUGUCGAGCUCCGGAGACCUUUGCGAGAUGUGCUGCCCCUUCAUUCCCGCCUUUCGUCCCGCGAUCACAAAGCAAGAGGCGUGA